AUGCUGAAACUAGAUAUAGCUCAAUUGAAAAACUUUGUCUGUCCUUUGAGGGCUGUCAAAGGCCAAAUAGUGGCUGAUUUCCUCGCUGAUCAUUCAGUGGUCGAAGUUUCGAUAACAUAUGUAGAAUCUGAGCCUUGGAUGUUAUACUUUGAUGGCUCGAGACAAAAACAUGGUACAGGAAUUGGAAUCUUAAUCAUCUCUCCUUUAAGGAUUCCAACAAAGUUUAAGUAUAAGAUUAAUGGAACUUGCUCCAAUAAUGAAGCUGAGUAUGAGGCUUUAAUUGCAGGCCUAAAGAUUCUUUUAGACCUGGGGGCAAAACAUGUUAAAAUCAGAGGAGAUUCUGAGUUAGUAAUAAAGCAAUUAACAAAGGAAUACAAGUGUAUUCAAGAACAUUUGAUGAAAUACUUUGUUAUUGCCUUCUCUUUACUAAAACGUUUCGAUACAUGUGAUAUUCAGCAUGUGCCUCGAAUCGAGAACCAAGAAGCAAAUGAUUUAGCUCAAAUUGCUUCUGGUUACAAGUUAACAAAAGAGAAAUUAGAGGAAUUGGUUGAAAUCAAAGAAAAGCUAAUCACAUGUGAAGCAAUGCCUCAUCAGCUGGGGGCAAAUGAACAAAGUGUCGAAACCAACUCCGAAAUGGUAGAUACACACUUCGAUGAGGUGAUGACAGAAAUCUUCGUCAUUGAUAAUUUGACUGACAAUGAUUGGAGACAACCCAUUGUUAAUUACCUAGAAAAUCCAGCAGGUAUAACUGAAAGAAAGGUGAAGUAUAGAGCUUUAAGUUACACAAUCAUGGGGAAUGAGUUAUUCAAGAAAACACCUGAAGGAGUGUUAUUGAAAUGCCUUAGUGAGAACGAGGCAUAUGUAGUAAUUUCUAAUGCUCACAGUGGGGCUUGUGGUGCUCAUCAAGCAUGCCACAAAAUGAAAUGGCUUUUGUUUCGACAAGGGCUAUAUUGGCCCUCUAUGCUUAAGGAUUGCAUAGAAUAUGCAAAAGGGUGUCAAGAGUGUCAAAAACAUGCAGGGAUACAGCAUGUUCCAGCGAAGGCUAUAGCCCUAACGAAUGUGGAUCAAGAAGCUGUGAUCAAUUUUGUUCAAAACCAUAUUAUUUAUAGGUUUGGGCUUCCUGAGACGAUCACUACAGACCAAGGAACAGUGUUUGUUGGUCGCAAAAUGCAAGAUUUUGCUGAGCAAUCAGGCUUUAAGUUAAUAACUUCGACGCCUUAUUAUGCUCAAGCAAACGGACAAGUUGAAGCGGCUAACAAGGUCAUAAUUGGUUUAAUUAAAAGACACAUGGCUCAAAAGCCAAAGAAUUGGCAUAAGACUUUAGAUCAAGUCCUAUGGGCAUGCAGAAAUUCUCCUAAGGAAUCAACAGGUUCGACACCUUUUCGACUAACUUAUGGUCAUGAUGCUGUGUUGCCCGUUGAAAUAAUGAUGCAAUCAAUUCGAGUGCAAAGGCAACUAGACUUACCACCUGACCAAUAUUGGAAUUUAAUGUUAGAUGAGUUGGUAGAUGUGGAUGAGGAGAGGUUUCAAGCGUUGGAUGCUUUAAUUCGACAAAAGGAAAGAAUUGCUAAAACCUACAAUAAAAAGGUUACGUCUAAAACCUUCGACGUAGGAGAUUUAGUUUGGAAAGUUAUUCUUCCCAUGGAUAGAAGAUAUCGAGUCUUUGGGAAAUGGUCACCUAAUUGGGAAGGGCCAUUUAAAAUUUCCCAAGUAUUAUCAAAUGGGGCUUACGAGAUUGAAGAAUUAACUCCUGAAAAACGUUCAGUCAACAUGCAUAAAAAAUGA